UCCCCCAUUUUCCCUUUACAGAGACGCCAGACGUUCUGACGAGACACAACAAAGACAACGAGGAGACAGAAAUGCUGCCGUCCACAGCUGUGACUAUGAGUCUCUGGGCUCUGCUGGUUGGUUCUGCAUUGAUCCAGUGUUCAGUGUUCGUGGACAAGUCAACUGCCGGUCGGUACCUUCACUCCUCCACCAGGACGCGGCGAGCUAACUCCCACCUCCUGGAGGAGAUACUGCCUGGAAACCUGGAGAGGGAGUGUUACGAGGAGAGCUGCUCUCAGGAGGAAGCCGCCGAAAUCUUCCAGACCCAGGAGAAGACGCUGGAGUUCUGGUUCAGAUACACCAAUCUGAACCCCUGUCGGACCAACCCCUGUCUGAACGGAGGCAUGUGUACUCUGGACCGGGGUGACUUCAUGUGUCUCUGCCCUCCUCAGUACCACGGCAAGACCUGCGAGUCAGAGGUGUCGGAGUGUCGCUAUAGAAACGGUGGUUGUUUGCAGUACUGCAGAGACCUGCCAGGUGGAGCUGGAGUUCAGUGUGGCUGCGCUGACGGAUUCAAACUGGACUCUGAUGGACAAAGAUGCUCUGAGGAUGUGAAGUUCCCCUGCGGUCGUCAGCAGAUGGAGGCGCUGUUCGGCGGUCGCUCUCUGUUGAGUCCUUGGGAGUUGGACAAUGUCACCAUGGAGAUGGACGCCAUGUUGGAUGACAACAUCACAGAAAGCCAGGUCCCUGAACUCAACACGACAGAAGUGACAGAGGAACCGAGGACAGUAAACGCAACGUCUGGGAACCAAACAGCACCGGGAGAAGACAUAUCCCCUCGUGUUGUUGGUGGACUCCUGGAAAGGCGAGGAGGAAGCCCCUGGCAGGUUCUAAUUCACAGGCAUGAUGGUUUUGGUUUCUGUGGAGGGACUCUGGUUUCUGAUCGAUGGGUUGUUUCUGCGGCUCACUGCUUCACAGAAAUGGCAGACUACGUUACUAUAGGUGACUACGACAAGAAGCGUCCUGAUCCAGGAGAACAAGUGAUAAAGAUCCAGGAGGUCAUCAUUCAUCCUUACUUCCACUCCUUCACCUUCGACAGCGACAUCGCUCUGCUCUACCUCGCCAAGCCGGUGGUCAGGAGUCCCACAGCAACCCCCGCGUGCCUUCCCGACAUCCACCUGUCCAGAUAUCUGCUGCAGGAGGGUAACCGGGGCAUGGUGACUGGCUGGGGAGCCACUAAGUACCUGGGUCGAUCCUCCAGGUUCCUGAGGAAGGUGACGCUCCCGGUGGUGAUGUACCAGGACUGCAUCGCCACCACUGAACAGAUGGCUGUGUGCGUGCAACAGGAUGAGCUGCAGGAAGAAGGUGAGCUCAUGGAGGUAGUGUGAUGCUCUGGGUAAUGUUCUCCUGGUGAACCUUGGAUCCUGGCAAUCAUGUGGAUGUAAUUUUAUCUCAACAUUACUGCAAGCUGUGGCACCACUUCAUGGCCACAGUAUCUCAUGAAUGCAGUGGUCUCUUUGAGCAGGAUAAUGCACACUGUAAAAACUUUUCAGCAGGAGUAUGAGGAACAUGACAGCUCUAGGUGUUGAUUUGGUCUUUAAAUUCCCAAGAUGUGAUUCCAAGAUCUUUGGACUGUGCUGGGAAAACAACUCUGAGGUCCCAAGCCAACUCACAGGAUCUGCUGAUAAUGUCUUGGGGCCUGACACCACAGCUCUGGUGGAGUCCGUGUACUGGUCAAUGAUCGAUGGGUCACAGCUGAGGAGGACCUGCACAGUAGAAGGCAGGUGGUUUUAAUGUUGUGGUGUAUGGCUCAUUCAGGAAAGUUAAACACUGACUCCAGUUCAUUUAGGUUACAAAAAAAACUAACACAAAUAGAAACUAAACCAAAAUACUCCAAAGAUGAGGGUCACCAUACAUUGUCCAUCAGGGUCUCCACAAAUAGAGAGUUGUUCUGAGCAUUAUACACAUCUUCACCGUGCUCUUUAUUCUGCUCUAAGUCUUAUUGGAGUGUACGCUAAAUAUUGAAGAAGAUGUAAGCAAUGUAGUCCAGUGAACUGCACUUGCAGGAGAUAAAUGUUUCACUGCUUAUUUUCAGUCACCAAUGAACGGAACUGUUACAACCAUUAAAAGCUGCAGUCUGGAAUGAUUGACAGGUCCUAUGGAGGAGGCAGCAAAGAUUCUGCUCUCCUCCUUUGGAUUAAUUCUGAUAUAAUAACUGUUGGUUUAUUUAUCGGUGCAGCAGAAGAACAUUUUUCCACAGACAGUUUUCCUGCCCGUUGGCUUGUUUUAACCAGUUUUCUGCCUUCGGCUGAUUUUACCAGCAGACACUGAAAGGACUCUGAUAGUUCGGUAAGUAAAUGUUUAUUUUCGUAUCGGUGCCUCUUUUAAUGCACUUUAUAUGCAGCUUUAGUGUCAGAUAUAAUGUGUGCCAUGCACUCCAGAUGUUGGUGGAGUUUAUUUCUGUGUGUGUUGACCAGAGAAGAGAGUUAGCAUCCGGUAAAUAUUAGCUUUAACGUUAGCGAUGCUAACCGAGCUAGCUGCUCCAGUCGUAGCCUGAUUAAAGCUAACGUAGCAUUAAGCUAACGAUGUUUGUGUUGAGUUUCAUGUAGGGUUGCCACCCGUCCCCUUAAAAUACGGAAUCGUCCUUUAUUUGACAAUUAAUUGUUGCGUCCCAUAUUGAAUCAAUACGGGACGCAAAUUGUUCCAUAUUUUCAUAAAUGCCCCGUACACGUCUGUCAUACACUCAUCAAAACUGUUUAAUGAACAAAAUAAAACACAGGAAAUAUUAAGGGCAGCCAAGUUCUUUGACGUAGGACCAAUGCAGCGAGGACCCGCGAAGUCCAGCGGAUAGAUCUCAGGCCUUGUCCACACGUAGCAGGGUUUUUGUAAAACCGAAUAGCCUGUUCCCUCCGUCUAGAAAAACACUUAUGUACACACCACCUCGUUUUUAGAAAAAAACUUCAUCCACACCUAACCGCAUAGGUGCGUUUUUAAGCACAUUCAUAAGCAUGCCGGACCUUUAGGUGGCAGUAGUUCCCCAAAUCCUAGCAAGGAGGUGGAGAAUAACCGUCCUUAACGUCGUCCUUCGCCUGUGUUGUUGAAUGUGGAGCAGUAUCUGGGCUUGUAAAAACAAGCAAGUAAAAAGCGCCUGUACAAGAAACAGCGCCCAAAACCUUGUGAGAGCAUCCAUACUGUUUCCGAAUGUAAACACAGGUCGCAUAUGUGACGUAAGAACAUAUUUUGUCGCAGGCGGUGACGUUUCGAAACGCAAAACCCCAGUUACUGAUGUCCACAUGCAGACGCAUAAAACGGAGAAUUCGCAAAUCUUCACUUUGUCGGAGUUUUUAAAAAGAAUCGUUUUUGAUGACGUAAAUCUGCGUUUUCGUGUGGAUGAUAGGCCGAAUCGUAGAAAAAUAUCUUCGUUUUGUGAGAUACCCGGCUACGUGUGGACAAGGGCUCAGAGUUCUCUGCGUGUCCGGUCCUGCCUCUGGUUGCCUGGUUGCAAACGGUGCUGCACCCGCGCAGCUAAAAAUGUCUACAAGCGGAACUCCACCAUGUUCAAAGAAGCAAGAACAUUUUAAAAUUGCAGACGUGAGUGGGAAGACUGGAACCCCUGGCAGUGGGUACGAGACAAACUGUGUUUUCUGUUGUUCAUGGACUGGCUGAAGUAAGGCAGCAUCAGGAGACCAACAUGUAAGAAACAUGAGAACAGAGAGAAUCCAACCAGUAGGUCACAGUUUAUCAUCAUCUAAUCAUCUCCUGAAGUCCAUAUGGUGAGAGACAUCAGUAUCUGGUUGUUAAUUUACCAGAGGAUGCUUAUAAUCAUGCUGAUGUGGUCUGUACUCUGCAGUAUUUUAGUGACAAUAAAUGCCUAAGUUGUAAUUGUUUUUUAAUGCUUUUGUAGUUUUUAAUAAACAUUUAUUAAAUAGCCUAUAUGUAAUCAAUAAAUGGCCUUUGCUAGCUAAAGAAAAACUCAUUCAGCACUCUAUGUUAACAGUACUAAAUAAAACAAUAAAUACAUGCAUACACACAUAAAUAUGUCAAUACAUUAAUUGUAUUAAGAUAAGAUUUAGACGAAAAACAACUGUCUGCAGAGAAUUUCUUUGUACAGUAUUUUGCAUUCAGUUUAUGUUUUUGCAGAAUCCAGUAUUGCACACUGGUUGCUCAUUACAUUUCAUUAGUUUGGUUUCACUGUUUACAAUGAUGCCACUUAUUUUCAGACAGAACCUGUGAUAAUAAAACAAUACAAAAUUCUUAGUAUCGUGUUAAUAAAGCACUUAAAGCAUUACGUAUUUCUAAAUGCUUUUUUCAGAAUUAAAUAUAUCACUCCUUAGGUGGUAGUGGCCCUGAGUUCAGUAA